AUGGCCGUCGGUGAAAAUCCUACCCUGCUGAGGAUGAACAACAACAAGAAGAGAGUUGUGUGGGCCAAGAAACACAAGGACUGGACAUUAGACCAGUGGAAAUCUGCUGAAGACUUAUCUGCAAAAUGUGUCAAAUACACUGGAAGUGAGUCAAAAGAGGUAGAUGCUAAAGACGUGAAGAAGUGCUUUUGGCCACUGGUGAAGUGUGUGACUGUCAGGGGGCCAAAGAAGGGUCUUCUCCAGCACGUCACACUUGUGGAUCUUCCUGGAACAAGUAACAAGACCAGAGACACAAUGUGGAAAAAGGUUGUUGGAAGUUGUUCUACUGUGUGGAUUGUGGCUGAGAUCAAUCGAGCAGCUUCUGAAAAAGAAUCCUGGGAGAUCCUGGAAGAAUCCUGCAGCCUCAUGGGAAAUGGUCGAGAGUGUCAGCAGAUUCAUUUGAUCUGCACCAAGUCUGAUAGUCUUGGAGGUUCAGAUGAUCAGUCAGCAGCUGAUGUUCGUGCUCUGAUACUAAAACAAAACGAGCAAGCCAAGAUAGACGUGAAGGCAGAAUUCAGCAAACUAAAAGACGUUAAGGAAUUCCUGCAAGAUCUCAACGACUGGCAGACAUGGAACUAUGUGUCUGGAGCUCUGGGGGUUCUCUCUCUGAUUCAGGCAGCCAGCAGCAGAGAGAGAGGAACAUCAAGUAACAACAUCUUUCACUGUCUUUCAUAUUGACA